CAACCCAGCUCCGGGUCCCGGGGAGUGGACAUGGGAAUGACAAUGUGGCCUCAGAGGAGACUUGUUCGACUUGGUUAUCAUUUUGAGAAAUCUUGGCGGAGGUCGAGAUAUGCCGGGAAUGCUCGUGCUUUGUGCACAUCUCCUCAUCUCCGGGAGAAAUCGGAAAUUCGCGCUGAAUUUUCAAAUGGGCGCUCAAUGCUCAUAGAAACGGGAGGAUUGGCACGGCUUGCAGAUGGUGCAGCUGUGGCUACUAUAGGGGAUACAGCAGUCCUUGUCACAGCGGUUAGCAAAAGUCGGAAUAGCCCUUCACCAGGAUUCAUGCCCCUUACAGUAGAUUACCGACAAAAGUAUGCAGCAGCAGGAAGAAUUCCUUCCAAUUAUUUCCGUCGAGAACUUGCUCCAACAGAUAAAGAAAUUUUGACUAGUAGGAUUAUAGAUCGGUCAGUCCGCCCACUCUUUCCUGAGGGAUACUGUAAUGACACUCAGCUGUCAUGUCAACUUAUGGCAGUAGACGGGCUUCAUGAUCCUGAUGUUGUUAGCAUUAAUGCAGCCUCAGCAGCUUUAGCAGUCUCAGAUAUCCCAUGGAGAGGACCAGUAGGAUCAGUGCGUGUUGGCCUGAUUGAUGGAGAGGUAGUGAUUCAUCCAACUCGCCGAGAACUAUCUAAAAGUACCCUCAACCUUGUUGUAACUGGAGCAGAACAAAAUCUUGUUGUGAUGCUAGAGGGGGCAGGCAGUAAUGUUCUGCAGCAAGACUUGAUGAAGGCAAUUAAGACGGGAGUGAAAGAAUGUCAACACAUUGUUCGGGGUAUUCAGCAACUUGCAAAAUUAUCUGGCAAACCAAAGAGGAGCUUUACAAAUCCAGUGCCUAUACCACAAGACGUUCUAGAAGCUGCUAGAACGCUUUGUGAAAUACGACUACGAAGUAUCUUUACUGAUUUCUCCCAUAAUAAGUUAUCAAGGGAUGAAGCUGUUAACAAACUACGAGGUGAUGUAACACAGAAAUUAAUUCAGGGAUUUCCAGGCACGGAUUCAUUGAUUGCAAAUGAAGUUUUCUCAAGAAUAGCAAAGAAUGUUUUUAGAAACCUUAUUUUGGAUGAGGAUAUAAGGUGUGAUGGAAGAUCCCUUCAUGAUUUGCGAAUGAUCAGCUGUGAAGUUGACCUUUAUCGCACCUUACAUGGUUCUGCCCUCUUUCAGCGAGGCCAGACACAAGUUCAGUGCACAGUAGCAUUUGAUGCACCAGAAAAUAUACCCAAAUUAGACCCAUUAUUGGAGGCAACAGGGGGACACAAAGACAGAAAUUUUAUUCUACAUUACACCUUCCCAUCAUUUGCUACAAAUGAAGUUUCAAGAAGUGGUCCUGUGUCACGGAGGGAAGUUGGCCAUGGGGCAUUGGCAGAAAAAGCUCUUCGCCCACUUCUUCCAACAAACUUUCCAUUUGCAAUCCUUCUCACAUCCACUGUCAUGGAGUCUAAUGGUUCCUCAUCUAUGGCAACUGUUUGUGGUGGAAGUCUUGCCCUUAUGGAUGCUGGUGUGAGUCUGUCUUCUCCAGCAGCAGGGGUUGCUGUAGGGCUUGUAACACGCUAUAAUGCCAGUAAACAGCUGCAGGAAUACAAGAUUUUGACUGAUAUACUGGGUAUAGAAGACUACAUGGGAGAUAUGGACUUCAAACUUGCAGGAACUCAUAAAGGCAUUACAGCUCUCCAGGCAGAUGUGAAAGUUCCUGGAAUUCCUCUUAAAGUAGUUAUGGAGGCCAUACAGCAAGGCACAGAGGCUAAAGGUAUUGUCCUAGCCAUUAUGAAUGAAACAUUAGCCCAGCCACGUGAACAGAACAAGGAAACAAUGCCAGCUCUGGAGAAAAUAGUUGUGCCACCAAAUAAGAGGAGUAGGGUCAUGGGCCCAGGUGGUAUCAAUAUUCGCAAGUUGCAGUCUGAGACAGGAGUUCAGCUUACUUGGCAAGAAGAUGGUGUUUUGUCAGUGUUUGCUCCCAACCAGUCAUCCUUAGAAGAAGCGAGAGAAGUGCUGAAUGAAUUAUUGAAAGAUAAUGAACCUACAUUAGAAUUUGGUGCUAUCUACACUGCUACAAUUGUGGAGUUGAGACCCCAGGGGGUUAUGGUAACUCUUUAUGAUGACAUGCCACCUGUCUUACUCCAUAAUUCUCAGUUGGACGCUAGAAAGAUCCAGCAUCCUAGUGUUCUGGGUCUCGAAGCUGGCCAGCAAAUCAAGGUUAAGUAUUAUGGCAGAGAUCCAGCCUCAGGUCACAUGAGGAUCUCUAGACGAGCACUCCAGGCUUCCAACAUAGUUGCAAGAAAUCUGCAUAAAACUGAACCUGUUUAAACAAUAAUUAGAAAUGUAAAGGAAACAUUUGUAUAUACUUA